AUGGGGAAACAAGACCAUGAAUUGAAUGAAGGGACCUGGGAGGACCAUUGUAUCUCCAUACCAUUCAACAUCAGUAGUAGAGGCAUUCCCAAAUUAAAAUUAAUAAUGUCUGAAAAGGCUAGCCGUAGCUCAAAAAGACAAAGAAAUGAAGUUUCUAGUGAUGAUAGUAAAGAAAAUCAUAUAGUAGAAAAAAAGUCAAUCAAGCCUGAUGUAAAAUUUGAAUUUUUAGUUGGUGAGGUAUGUUCACAGCCAUGGAAUGAAAAGGAGGAUAAAACGAAUGGUGAUACUGGAAAACUUUUUAGAUUAAUGAAAGAUUGUUAUGAUAGUAUUGCAUUGUAUUUUUAUGAAAAAUUUGGUACAAAUUAUUCUAGUUGUUGGAAUUUAAAAAACUUGGAAAUAUAUGGUAUCAUUGUAUCAGGGUUUGAAAUAAUAAUCUAUGUGUUAGAUCAGCCAGGAUUUGGUGUAUAUAGAAUUCGAAAAGUUGUAAAAUUGGAAAUUCCUGUAAAAGAAGAAAACAACGAUUAUUAUCUUUAUAUAAAUAAGUUAAUGUUUGCGAUUAAUGAGAUGGAAAAACUUGUGGAAAAUUUAAACUCGGAACUUAGUAAAAAAUCUUCAAAAAAAAAUGAGAAAGAUUUUUUGAUAUCAUCUUUAGGUAGAACAAUGAAAUCACCAAUGAAUUCUUAUUAUCAUUAG